AUGGAAUCAGAAAUCCCACGACCCUUCCAAAAAGAACUCACCUGCUCUCUCUGCAUGAACUACCUUAUGGACCCAGUCACCAUAGGCUGUGGGCACAGCUUUUGUUGGCCCUGUCUCUGCCUUUCCUGGGAAGAAGCCCAAAUUCCUGCCUGUUGCCAUGUGUGCCAGAGGCCAUCACAGCAGAGAGACUUCAAGCCAGAUAUUUGUGUGAAGAGGAUGUCUUUACUUGCCAGACAAGCCAGUCUAAGGCAAAUCCUGAGCUCCAAGGAACACAUAUGUGUGACCCAUCAGGAGACAAAGAAGAUCUUCUGUGAAGAAGACAAGAACCUGCUCUGUUUGCUUUGUUCCAACUCUCAGGAGCAUAGGGGUCACAGACACUGUCCCACUGAGGAGGCUGCUGAGGAGUACCGGGAGAAGCUAUUGAAGCAAAUGAGAUCAUUAUGGGGAAAAAUCCAAGAAAAUAAGAGAAAUCUGAAUGAGGAGAAAAGAAAAAUUCUAACAUGGGAUGUAAGUAUCAGAGAAAACAUGAUCAAGACCGAGUACAGGAAGCUGUACCCGGUCCUCUGCAUGGAGGAACAAAAGCAUUUGGAGAGACUACAAAAGGAAGAUGAAAAUAUUGUAGAGCAACUCAAGAGAAGUGAAGCUAAAAUGGUUCAAACUGAGAAACACCUAAAAGGAAUGUAUGAGGAGCUGAUGAGAAUGUGCCAUAAAUCAGGGGAAAGGCUGCUCCAGGAUUUGGGAGACCUAUUGAUAAGGAGUGAGACAGUGCAACAGCAUAUGCCCCAUCCUGUGAGACCAGUGCUCAGCAUAAAACCCAUCACAGGACUGAUAGACAGGCUCAACCUCUGUCGUGUGGAAAUUUCCCUCAGUAAUGAAAUAAGCAAUCAUGAUAUCAGGCUUUUUGAGGAUGUGAGAACAUUUGUACUUAGACAAGACCAUCAAGAUGCAUCUCUGAAUUCUGACAGAUCCAACUAUUUUGCUGCAUGGGGAGCACAUAUCUUCAUCUCUGGGCAACACUACUGGGAGCUGGAUGUGGAUAACUCUUGGGACUGGGCGGUGGGAGUCUGUAAAUUGUCCUGGAAAAAUAUUGGCACUAUGCUUGCCACUAAGGAAAUAUUCCUCCUCCUGUGCAUGAAAGAAGGUGAUCAUUAUAGAAUUUUGACCUCUCCCCCGGUGACUUGCCAAUAUAUAGAGAAGCCUCUGGGCCGGAUUGGUGUGUUCCUUGAUUUUAAGAGCAAAAGUGUGAGUUUUUUGAAUGUUGCCAUGAGUUCCCUUAUAUGGACAUACCCUGCUGGUUCCUUGAAUUUCCCUGUCAGGCCUUUCUCUUUAACUGGCCACAUGAUCAGGAAUAAGUCAGGAGCUUGAUUGUCUGGGAACUCCAUGCCUAAGCAAGUCCUCAGUUGAAGAAAAUAAAUAAUACUGUACACUCUUUUACUGUUUUUCUACUUUAUUGUAACCUCAUUUUAUUGUUAACUAUGAAGAUAAUGUGAAAUGCAAAUU